UCUAGAUCUUACAAUGAAGUUCUCUUCCCAUCACAACUUCAAUUCUUUUAUGAAAUUUCCUUCUCUUGACUACCGUUGUUAUUUACAUUCUCUAUGAAAUUGUAAUGAAACAAUCAAUGACUGAGCCAUCAAUAUGUUGCAUUCUCUCUGACGUAGCUCAAUUAGAUGAGCAAGCUUACAACGUUCGACUGAGAGUUAUGGUGGACAGUAAAAGCAACAAAGUUCUUUAUGUUGAGGCUGGUAAGGAUUUCGUCGAUGCUCUCUUCAGUUUCUUAACAAUGCCUUUAGGGACUAUUGCUAGACUUGUAGCUAAAGACUCAAAUAUUGAAGCAGUUCCAUUUGGAAGCUUAAGUUCACUCUAUCAAAGCAUAGCAGAUCUUGACGAAAACUAUAUAUGCAAGGAAAUGCUACUCAAUCCUAGAAACUCAAUGGAAGCAUAUUGCCAAAAACUCAAACUCAACAUCGAUGACACUGAACCUAUACAGUAUUUCCUCUGUGAGAAGUCGGAUUGUAAUCGGAACCAAUUUAGCCUAUUUAAGAAUCAAAAGUGUAGCUGUGGAAAAGUAAUGAAUAGAGAAUUACAUCUGUCACCGCAACCAAAAUGUUUGAGUUUAGGAAAUGGCUUUGCUACGGAAAACGCUACAUUUAUCAUAUCUGAUGGUCUUUAUGUGAUGCCUAAUGUUUUUGGAUCGGUUGUACAUCUACAUCACAAACAUAAAAUCACUAACUUUGAAGCCAUUGUAGAACAAAAUGUCGAAAUCACCAAAAAAGAGGUAGUUGAUAUUCUCAAGUUGUCAUUGUCUUCAAAGACACCUUUGACAGAUUUCAUCUUUAAGAAACAACAUUUCCCAGCCAAGCAUAGAAAUCGAAACCAAACCGAAUUUAAGAUUGGAGAGGUGACACAUGACAAGGGUAGGCAGAUGUCUGUUAAAGUAGUGAGACAAAAAUCAACUGGAAAGAUCUUGUUUGCUGAAGCAGGAGCAGAUUUUAUUGACUUUGUUUGCAGUUUCCAAACUUUUCCCUUAGGAGGAGUGUUGCAUAUGCUUCAAGGAGUCUCUUCUUUAGAAUGUAUUGAUAAUUUAUACAAAAGUGUGGCAAAGUUGAGUCCAGAUAUGUAUUUAGUGUCACAGGAUGUGAAAGAAAAACUAAGGAAGCCUCUUGUUGCCGCACAAUUUGAACUCAAUAACCAGAUAUUGCCAAUUUCUGCGGCUUCCUUACCGGUACAUUACUAUCAUUCUUAUUUUGUUAAAUCAUGUUUAUUUGGAUCCGUUACUACUUCGCGCAAGCAUGGAGGUUACUCUCGGGAAAGCUUUGUACCUUUGAAGUUGGUAGAACCUAAGUUUUCACCUUGGGGAAAAUUCGCGAAAGGACAGUCCAUGUUUAUGGUGACAGAUGAUUUGGUUGUGACUCCAAUAUCGUCAUUCAACGCUGUUUCAUAUCUAAAUAGUUUAAAUGUUCCUCUGUUGGAUGUGGAAGAAAGAGUUGUUAAAAUUGGUCUAAAGGAGGGUCUCAGUGUUCUAAAAGCUUCUCUGACCUCAACUUCUGCUCUAACAAAUGGUCUCAGCAAUGUUUUUAAAUCGCGGUGGUGGUGGCGGUCGUUACGGUUGCGGUCAGUCGUCAUGACUGUGUUAGUUUCUUUUGCGGUUGUUGGUCACAAUGCAGCUGUUGUGGAGGGUAAAUCAUUUAAAUUGCCACAAGCUAUAAAAUGGGGAUCUCCAUGCCAUUACAAUGCCAACUCAUCUUAGAUUCUUAGUUAGAUAAAUAUUUGAAGUAGCAUAAAAUUUGAGGUUGUAAAAUUUUAGUUUUUUCUAAAAAGGUUUUGAAUUGAACAAGCAUAGGUAAUGUUGCUUAUGAUGCGGUUAGGAUCGAAUCACUGUUGCAGUACAACGAAAACCUUGGUAUCAACCAAUUAAUAAACAAUAGUGAAGAGCAGAAAUGAUCAUAAAAUUUCCUCUAGAAUGGUUGUAGUCGAUACAAUUUCAUCAGAUUUUUUAUUAUGGUUUA